AUGAAUAAAGUUCUAAGGGUAUAUAAUCGAGGUUUCCCUUACAAUCAAAAGUAUUCUUCGUAUGGUCAACUCUUUGGUUGUCUGAACCAUGGAAACCUAAAUGCACAUCAACGAAAAUGGUCAACGGCGGAACAAGCACAAAAUUACAAAUAUGCAACGCAAAUUCUUUUGUUAGCGAAUAGUUAUUUACCUUUACCAAUCGAUAAUGAACUCCAUAUUGCUUUUACCAAGUAUUUAAACACGACACUUACUUGGUUGAAAACUGGGAUACAGAACCCUUAUCGAUAUUUUGAAAGAGCAAAACCUCAAGUUCGAGGAAAAGCAUUCGAUGUCCUUAGUAACCGAGAAAUUGUCAAUAAGGACUUUCUUGACAUGAGUAAGGAAGACUUAAUGCAAGCUGGACUGGAAAUGGGACCAGCUUUGAGACUUGCAAAAGAGGUCCAGGCCUUCAAAGACAAUACGAAGCGCUCGUUCUCCUCGUACAAGAGUUUGAGUGAGAAUAAAAAAUAUGGCCCAGUUGCUGACAGCAACGAGGUUAUGCGCUGUAAAUAUAUUUUAUCAAUCCUUCACACAGCUAUCAGUCUUCUUAAAGAUUUGCUUAUCUUACCUCAGGUGACGGUAACUGGUGCUGAAAAUUCCGGUCGUAAAAAGCGGAAGGCGGACGAGGCAUUCGACUAUGGGUAUGAAUAUGUAUAUGGCAUUGUCACGAUAGGCAUUUUCUGUACGAGCAAAACCGAAUAUCGAAUCUCACUAACGGAAGAUGCUCUCAAUGAUCAAACUGAACGCGAAGAGGAUUUUAGGGGUUAUAGCAGGCUUGCUAAAGGAUAG